UCAGAGCGAGAGGGAGAGAUGGGGGAUUCACCACCACCACCACCACCCACAAACUCAAACUUAUUGAUUCCGGAUUUUCCGAAUGACAUCUCUCUUCAGUGUAUAGCUAGAGUACCACACAUCCAUCACUCAAAUCUAUCACUAGUUUCAAAAUCAUGGAACUCACUUCUCCGAUCCCCUCAUUUCUUCGAUACUCGUUUCAAUCUCAAUUCUACUCAAACCCUUUUAUUCAUAAACGUCCGUAUUCACAAUUCAUCUUUCAAAUGGUAUUUUUUUGACCCAAAAAACCCCAAAUCCCUUUUCUCUGUUCCUUCAAUUCCAGUUCAAUCAAUUGGUUCAGCUUUUGUUGCACUAGGCCACAAAAUCUAUGUAAUUGGGGGGUCAAUUAAUGAUAUCCCAUCACCAAGUGUCUGGGUUUUUGAUUCUCGUUUGAAAAGAUGGGAACUUGGUCCAAGAAUGAGAGUGGGGAGAGAGUUCGCAGCUGCUGGGGUUGUGAAUGGGAGAAUUUAUGUUAUAGGUGGUUGUUUGAUUGAUUCAUGGUCUAAAUCAACUCACUGGGCUGAGGUUUUUGAUCCUGUUAUGGGAAAUUGGGAGGCGGUUUCGAGUCUGAUUGAUGUUAAGGAGAAAUGGAUGCAUGGGUGUGCUGUAAUUGGGGAUAAGGUGUAUGCAAUGGCGGAUAGAGGUGGAGUUGUCUAUGAUACGAAGGAAUUAUCUUGGGAUGUUGUGAAUACAGAGAUUGAUUUAGGGUGGAGAGGGAGAGCUACUGUUGUUGAUGAGAUUUUGUUUUGUUAUGAUUAUUUAGGGAAAAUUAGAGGAUUUGAUGAGAGUGUGGGGUGUUGGAGGGAACUGAAGGGUUUGGAUAGUGGGUUGCAUAAGUUCUUGUGUGGAGCUACAAUGGCUAAUGUUGGAGGGAAUUUGUGUGUUCUGUGGGAAAGAAAGGGUAUGGGGAAGGAAAUGGAGAUUUGGUGUGCUGAAAUUUCGAUCCGGAAAGGUGGUGGUGAGUUAUGGGGUUCCAUUGUUUGGUCACAAGUGAUUCUUGUGGUUCCGAACGGCUCUUCAGUUGUACAUUGCUUGGCUGUUGCAUUGUGAUAUCAGCACGUAACCUAAACAGGUAUGUUGUCGUUGUUGUACUCGUUUCCUUCAUUUGUUUUCCGGAUUAUGUUAUAUGUUGCUGAAUUGUAGCUGUACUUGUGGGUAUGAAUGUACUUGUAAUUAUGUAAUGUGUGUAUUAUCUGUUGGUGGUCAAAUUCAUUACUACAUGUACAUUAUUCAAACUUCAUUUUGAACAAAUUAGAACCGACUUAAUUCUGUGUU